AUGGAGCUUACUCCGGUCGCUCUCAGCUAUCUCAUCUGGAACUUCCUGGCGGAGUCAAACGGAUGGCUCCUGUUCCACGUCGUUUGGUGGUUGUACAGAUACUUGCGCUUAAUUGUCCACGUCUUCAGCCAUUGGACGUACAAGUCGAAGCCGAUCCCCUGCAAACCAUCCUAUACGCCUGAUGAUGUUACGGUCAUCAUACCGACCAUCCACAAUGUCUUUGAGGAGCUUCGUCCUUCUCUGGAGAGCAUUCUUGCUUGCAGACCUUAUGAGCUGAUCCUGGUAACCACAGUCGACAAGCGUGCCGCCUUACAAAAGCUGGCUGAGUCCCUGUCAACUCCCAAUGUGCGUGUCCUCUGGACACCCAUCGCCAACAAGCGACUGCAAGUUUGCGAGGCCUUGCCUCAAGUCUCCACCAAAAUCACAAUCAUGGCAGAUGAUGAUGUUACGUGGCCCUCGACUUUGCUCCCAUGGAUUCUGGCUCCCUUCGAGGAUGACAAGAUGGGUGGUGUCGGCACUUGUCAGCGUGUGCGCCGUGAUCCGGGUGGAUCCUGGUCAGAUCAAACUUGGAAUUGGCUCGGAUCAGCAUACAUUGAGCGUCGCAAUUUUGAAAUCUCGGCCACUCAUAAUAUUGACGGUGGAACAUCUUGCAUGUCGGGACGAACAGGAGCCUACCGCACAGAGAUUCUCGCUGGCCACGCCUUCUUGGAAGGGUUCAAGACGGAGCGAUGGGGCAACUAUAUUCUCAAUGCGGAUGAUGACAACUUCGUUACGCGAUGGCUCGUCAAUCACCAAUGGAAGACGUGGAUCCAGUACGAGCGAGAAUGCGAGAUUGAGACCACACUCGAGUAUGGCAUGAAGUUCCUCUAUCAGUGCUCAAGAUGGGCUCGUAGCAACUGGCGAAGCAAUUGGACUAGUUUGGUUAGGGAGAGAUACGUUCUCCGACAACAAGUGUGGUGCUCGUACGCACUUCACCUGGCAACAUUCACGUCUCUGGCAUGGAUUUUUGACCCCCUCAUCAUCCUGUCGCUAUGGUGGGGCACUGCCGACUGGAAUCCGGAAACGCGCCGAACUGCUCUGAUAAUUGAACUUAUCUGGAUGUUUGGCUUCACCAAGACCAUUAAAUUGGUCGGUCUCUUCCGGCGGAAUCCGGCAGAUAUCAUGUUCCUCCCUGUCUCCAUCCUCUUCGGCUACUUUCAUGGCUUCAUUAAGCUUUAUGCCUUGAUGACACUAAAUAUGACUUCUUGGGGUAGCCGGCCUGACGGUGAUCUUGAUGACGGCCUCCGUAUGUCACCGCGUCCGAGACCAAGCGACAGCAUAACAACGCCUCUGAGAAGACCUGACGACUUGAACGAGCUCAUUGGAGAACAUCGUUGGCGACGCAGCCACAAUAUCCUACCGGAAAAGGCUGGCUACGAGCAUGAGAUGCCUCGUAUUGAAGAUGUCGCUUGCCUGUCUCCUAGCCGCGCCGGCAACCGAAUCAGGGCUUAA